UCAACUCGAAGCAUCAUUACUCAUCGCUACGAGUGGGCUAUUAUUGGCUUCAAUUUUGUGUUGUGUUGUGUCUGAUUUGCGUAUUGACGGAGGAGGACGAACGAAACCUACAAUGGCCGCAAAUUUUCCACCCGUUCCACCCGUGCUAAAGCCCAUUCAGCAUUAUCUCAAGACGGCUCAGGAGCAUGAUAACCGUGAUCCAAUCGUCGCCUACUGGUGCCGCCUGUACGGACUGCAGCUUGGCCUUAAGGUAUCAAACCAGGGAAUAGACGAACGAAAACUGCUGCUGGCAUUGAUGGAUUGGCUGGAAUCGACCAAGGCACAGAUGGCAGACAAUGAAUCUAUCACGAAUGAUGUGGCCGCUCAGGCAUACUUGGAAAACUACGCCCUCAAGUUGUUCCUGUACGCCGACAAGCAGGACCGUGCGAGCAACUUCGGAAAGAACGUUGUUAAAGCGUUUUACACCACCGGUAUGAUCUACGAUGUGUGUCAGAUAUUCGGUGAGCUGACGGAAGAAGUAACACAGAACCGAAAGUAUGCCAAAUGGAAAGCAUCCUACAUUCACAACUGCCUGAAAAAUGGCGAAACACCUGUCGCGGGUCCUCUGCCUACCGAGGAUGACAAAGAAUUCGACCAGGAUGCCUUUCUGCCGAACGUGGAUCCUCAGCCCGGACCGAGCAAUACUCCUGCCGCAUUGCCGCGACCUCCGGCAUCACCGCAGCCGCCACCGGUUGGCCCAACAAAUUUUACUACUACAGACCCGUUCAGCAACGUAAAAGCACCGACCCCACCGAGCGAACCGGAAAAACCACCGGGAGGAUUCCAACCUUACACGGGUGGACCUGUGGCAGGUGUGGCCGGCACACCGGUGGAAACGAAUCGGAUGAUAACACCAGCGGGCGUGCAACUCCGACCGGAACAAAUCACUAAAGCGCAGAAGUACUGCCGAUGGGCGGAAAGUGCACUCAACUACGAGGAUUUGAAUACGUCGAUCGAUAAUCUCCAGAAGGCGCUACGUCUGCUGCAAACCGGACAGGACGGCUAGACCAGUGGGGCAGCCGGAUCUUUCUUUUGUUGUUUUAAUGCUUAACCUAAACCGCUUGCAUCUGUAUUAUGUACUCAGAGAACUAAUCAACAUUUUGCUUAAUAAAUUAAAACUGCACUUACCUGUGCAGGGGUAUUUCGAAGAGA